UGUGUAGCAGGAUAGUAGAGAGGGAGCGGAGCAGCAGAGACCAGAGAGCAGUGAGCGGAGCAGAGCAGAGCAGAAGGCGGCCAUCCGGAGGCAGAGGCGGAGACGAGGAAGAGGAAGCGAGCGAGGAUGCCGUGCCUCAACGUGUCGACCAACGUGAACCUGGAGGGGGUGGACACCUCCGUCAUCCUCGCCGAAGCCUCCAAGUCCGUCGCUAACAUCAUCGGCAAGCCAGAGGCCUACGUGAUGGUUGUCCUCAAGGGUUCAGUGCCUAUGGCAUUUGGAGGUACCCAGGAGCCAGCAGCGUACGGUGAGCUGGUUUCCAUCGGAGGCCUGAACCCUGACGUGAAUAAGAAGCUGAGUGCUGGCAUUGCUUCCAUCCUGGAGUCAAAGCUGUCUGUUCCCAAGUCACGCUUCUACCUCAAGUUCUAUGACUCAAAGGCCCAUCCGGCACAAGAACAUGCUCAAUGUUUGCAUGCUUUGCAUCAAGAAUAGAUCAUCGCUCGGACUUCGGUUGGAACGGCUCCACCUUCUAGACUUGAGGCCCGCAUCUUUAAUAAAGGAAAUUCAUGGUGCCUAACGCCAUGGCUAUUGCCAAUUAAGAACAAUGUCGUUAGAUGUGUGUUAAUUGGUACUGAACUGAGAAUCGGUAACUGUUGUGUGGAACUGGAACUGGGACCCAGACGUGUUGGGUGCCACCUAGCAUGCUUGUGCUAUCUUGUUCUUGGCUUGAGAUCAGUCUAUAUAUUAUCUUGGUUGGUCCUUCGGGUAUGGUAACCGUAUGUUCAAACGGUGUGUUCUUUGUUAUUAACCUAGCAGAAAAUCUGCCAAAGCUAGUGUUGUUUUAUAGUGUUACGGUCACAGGGGGACAUUGGCUGGUAACUGAAAUUUCAUAGCCACUAUUUGUUGUU